ACACUUGCCGGUAAUACCAACACGUACUUGGUUGAGGAGCAAAAACUGGAUCCCGUCCUGUUGGCGUCUAAAGUGCGAUUUGUCCCGUACAGCGUGCAUGUGCGAACUGUUUGCAUGCGGGUCGAGAUCCUAGGAUGUCCCUGGAAAGGUGGUCUGAUAAGCUACUCAAUGCCCCAGGGCCUUGUUCGAGGGGAUGUCGACCUGAGGGAUGCACUGUACGAUGGCCGGGAGGAGGGGAUGAGGCUGAUGGGAGGGCUGGGGAAUCUGGUGGAUGGACACAAAGGCAAUGAUAACUUCCAUGUCGAGGUCUACGGCCCUGGAAAAG